GGUGGAACUACCCACAGUUUCUGUUAUCAGUUGCUUCCAACACCAUCACCACCUCCUCAAAAGCUUCCCUGUUGUUCAUUAUCACGAGGAAAAAACCCUAAUCUUCUGCUUGGUUUCUCCUCUUACCAUCAAGUUCGUCAUGGGAACAAACAGAAACGUUAGUAAGAGAGCCUGCGUCUGCGAAGAUUUCCAAACACCGCUGGGUUUCGAUUUCACGAAUCGCUCCUGUAAUCCUCGUCCUUUGAAGAAACACCGAUUCUAUGAAGAUCUCAAGCCCAACCUCUUUGACGCUCUCUCCGAGGACCUCCUCUUCCUGAUACUUGACCGUCUUGAUUCCAAUGACAUCGACAGGAAAUCCUUCUCUCUGGUCUGCAGAUCCUUCUACGCGGCCGAAUCACGUCACCGGCGAACCCUCCGCCCCCUUCAGUCGGAUCUAAUCCCCGCUCUCCUCUAUCGCUACCUAUCCAUCACUCACCUCGAUCUCUCCUUCUGCCCUCGCGUAUCAGAUGACGUCCUUGCCUCGAUCGCUGCAGGUGUUAGGCCCUCACUUCUUUCCAUCGACCUGUCAAGGUCGUCGUCACUGUCACAUUUUGGACUUGGUAGCUUGACGACGAGCUGCAUGUCGCUGGUGGAGAUCAAUCUAUCGAACGUGAUUGCUCUGAGCGAUGCGUCGGCUGCUGCCAUUGGGCGGGCGAGGAAUCUGGAGAGGCUGUGGUUGGCGAGGUGCAAGCUUGUGACGGACAUGGGAAUUGGUUGCAUCGCUGUGGGGUGCCGGAAGCUGAAGUUGCUCUGUUUAAAGUGGUGCUUGGGGUUGACUGAUUUGGGAAUUGGGCUUGUGGCUGUAAAGUGUAGGGAUCUCCGAGAUUUGGAUCUGUCGAACACGAUGAUCACAAAGAAUUGCCUUCCAGCAAUCUUUCAGCUACCUCAUCUCGAGAAGUUGUCUUUAGUGGGUUGCUAUGGCCUUGAUGACGACGGCCUUGUAGCUUUGAAGCAAAGUUGCAAGUCUCUUGAGGUAUUCGACAUGUCAAAUUCUCAACAUGUGAGUGAUGUUGGCUUAUCUUCCAUAGUGAAUGGUGCUGUCAACUUGCGUCAACUGAUCCUGGCAUACUCCUCUCCUGUCACCCACCGGUUGGCUAGCAGCUUGACUAACCUUGCCAAGCUGGAGACAAUAAAGUUGGAUGGUUGUCAGAUUACCAGUUCGGGGCUGCUUGCCUUAGGAAGUUCUUGCAACUCUUUAAAAGUGUUGAGCUUAAGCAAGUGCUUAGGUGUGACCGAUGAAGGUCUUUCCUCUGUCGUGGCAAAGCACAGGGGUUUAACUAAGUUAGACAUCACUUGCUGUCGCAUGAUAACGGACAUCUCAAUCGCUAGCAUCACUAGUUCAUGCACAUCUCUUAAGUCGCUGCGUAUGGAGUCAUGUAACCUGGUUUCCAAGAAUGGAUUUCGUAUGAUUGGAGAACACUGCCCUCUUUUGGAGGAGCUUGAUCUUACUGACAAUGAUUUAGACAAUGAAGGACUUAAGGCAAUCUCUAGGUGUCAUAAACUGUUGAUUUUGAAGAUUGGGUUAUGUCUGAAUGCUAAUGAUGAAGGCAUUAUUCAAAUUGGCAGAGGUUGCCUGCUGCUUAAGGAGCUUGAUUUAUACAGGACCGUCGGAAUAACUGACGCGGGUAUUAUGGCAAUAGGCCGAGGUUGCCCUAAGCUUCAGAUGAUUAACCUUGCAUAUUGCACCGAAAUUACUGAUAAUGCAUUGAGAUCAUUAUCAAAGUGCUCCAAAUUGAGUACACUGGAGCUUCGAGGCUGCUCCCAAGUUUCAAAUUACGGUCUUGUUUCCAUUGCUCUGGGAUGCAAAGACAUCGUUAAGCUUGAUAUAAAAAAAUGCUAUGAUAUCACUGAUAUCGGCAUAGUUCCUUUUGCACACCUGUGCAGUCGUCUUCGUCAAAUAAACCUCUCGUAUUCUUCCGUAACAGCUAUUGGGCUCUUAGCGCUGGCAAGCAUCAAGAGCUUACAAAGUGUUACGAUUCUACAUCUUAACGAACUGACACCAGAUGGCUUGGCUACUAUGCUACUGGCAAGUGUUGGUUUAAAGAGAGUGAAACUCCACAUUUCGUUUAAAUAUUUGAUUUCCGGGCAAGUAAUUAGGCAUUUGGAGGCACGUGGAUGCAUAUUUCAGUGGAGGGACAAACCCUUUCAGGCCGAAGUGGAUGCCAAUGAGGUCUGGAAACAGAUGUCCCAAGACUUGGUGGCCGUUGUGUAAUAGAAUCUCCCUCUGAUGAUUAUUCAUAAAUUAACAGGCUUAUGGAGGGCACAGCUUCCAUCUACUGAUUUGAUCAUUGUAUUACAUGUUGAGCGUUCUUGGCUGUAUUAAUGUAAAGUUAACUUGAUUUGUAAUUAAUCUUUUGUUGAGAUUUGGUUUAAAAAAUGAGCUAUGUGGGGUUUGGUGAAAAACAAGUUGUCAUUUCCUUGCAUAUUUUUAGCUAGUUUUAAUAUUAGAAAUGAAAUGUAGAGAUGUUUUUAUUAUAGUUCAAUUUAUGAAAUGGUCCGA